GGUCAAGAAUCUCAAGCUAACUGCCAUUCAUACAUGACCACCAGUUUGUGCAACAAUCACAGCUUCCUUUUUUCCCCAAAUUUCAAAAUUUGAUUUCUUCAUCUACUACAGUUUAUACCAUCUCCAGAUUCUAGAAACUCCCACCAAUUUCAUCUUCUCUCCUUCACCUUCAUCUGGUUCUUCUGUGAUUCCUUUUACUCUCACAAUCAUGGAAACCCUAGCUUCAUCUGUAACAAUCGUAUCCUCUUCUCCUACACCCCUUCAAUUUUUCUCACCAAGAUCCAAAAACCCUUUUGGGAAAAGACUCCUUCGCUUCCCAAUUUCUUCCAAGAAUAAUGACAAUGAUUCUGAUCUGCGAUCAGAGUCCAAUGAUGCGAGUAUUGUCCCAAUUUCCACCAACCGAACUUUCUCCAAGGAUGAUGCUAUGGGAUUAGUUUUGAGUGCAGCAAAUGUUAGGGGUUGGACUACAGGAUCUGGUAUGGAAGGUCCUUCGGUGCCUGUGGGUGGAGAGUGCGAAUCGAGCACCGAGAAAAUCUCCACGUUUCCGUGGUCUCUUUUCACCAAAUCUCCAAGACGUCGUAUGCGUGUUGCUUUUACUUGUAAUGUGUGUGGUCAAAGAACAACUCGCGCAAUAAAUCCCCACGCUUAUACUGAUGGCACGGUUUUCGUUCAGUGUUGUGGGUGCAAUGUGUUCCACAAACUUGUAGACAAUUUGAAUCUGUUUCAUGAAAUGAAAUGCUAUGUGAGUCCAUCCUUCAAGUAUCAGGAUCUAAAUGGGAAUAUUGGCAAUCUUGGCUUCAAAUAUCUAGACAUGGAUGAUGAUGAUGAUGAUGAUCACAUGUUUCCACUCUUAUGAGGUAAGAAAAAUCUGCAGAAGUUAUGUAUUUGCUACUUAAGAACAGCACACACUCUUCUUGUGAUUUGUAAAUAGUUUUGGUGUUAAAUAAAUAAAGUAGAUGAACAAUAAUAGCUUUGAUUGUACAUGAAUCCAAAUGUUAUAUAUAUAUCUUACCCUUUGAAUCUGCCUACGCGUGGGAUUUACUGGGUUUAUUUGGUUUA